UGUGUGUUUCAGUGACUCACAGGGAAGGACGGCAACAAGAUUGAUUGCUGCUAAAUAUGACCUCUGUUAUUAACUGUUUACGCCAUUUGACUUCUCGUAUUAGUUGUUAAACUGCUAAAGAAAUAAUAGGAUGCGCCAUUGACUCGCGGUGUGUGUUAUUGUUUGCCGUGUAAAGCAGUAAAAUAGACUGAAUAUACUGCGUGUUUUUCGUUGGCUGGACUAUGCAGUGCGGUGUGACCUCGGCUGUCUUGCUUCUCUCCAUAGGCUUUAUGACUAGGGCGAGUGGGUUCGAGGAGUUUGAACCCGAGACUCCAGACUGGAUAAAAACUUUAAAAACGAUCCGGAAUGGCAUCCAUAAGAUAGACACGUACCUCAACUAUGCUCUGGACUUGAUCGGAGGCUCAGAUGGACUCUGUCACUACAAAUGCAGUGAUGGAUACAAACCUGUUCCUCGACCUGGUUAUAAACAAUCACCACCCAAUGGAUGUGGCUCUCCACUGUUUGGAUUUCAGUUCGAUUUUGGGAUUCCAUCCAUGACAAAGUGCUGUAAUCUGCAUGACCACUGCUACGACACAUGUGGACAGGAGAAGCACGACUGCGACAAGCAGUUCCAGGGGUGUUUGGAGACCAUCUGCAGGAAUGUCCAAAUGACACUGGGACUGGACCAGAGUGUGCAAGAAAUACAGAAGCAACACUUGAAGACGUCAGCCGGAACGUUGAAACUUGGUGGCAAGUGGGUCUUCCAGCAGGACAAUGAUUUUAAGCAUUGAUUAAUAUUUGUGACAGAAUUGCUUAAAGACAACAAAGUGAACGUAUCAGAGUGGCAAUCACAAAGCCCUGACAUGAAUCCUUUAAAAAUCACUUACAGAAUCCUUUAAAAAUCUCUUACAGAAAUUAAAUACAUAUCCUAAUAGACUUAACACAGGACAUUUAUAGUAAGAUGAAAUGUGUGGAGUUAAUAAUUAAAUAAUACACAUAUACAUUCAUUUAUUGGAAUGUGCACAUUGGAAUGGACACUGUUCACCGCAUUCACACUAGGAAAAUAAUCUUAAUAAAUUAUUGAAAGUAGUAAAUACAUUCUCAUGAAGCUUAUUUAGUUUACUCAUAUUGCAAUAGCAAAUGCACUGCUUUUUAAAUUGAAAAAAAAUCCUUGGGGUCAAAUUGGAGCAAAUAAUACAAAUAUGAUCAAUCAUUAAUUAUUUUAAUCAUUUAAUAGCCUUAAAUAAUAUUUAACAAAGUAUGCACAUAUGUAACUCGCAUCAAAAAAAUUUAAUCAAAUGGAAUCAGAUGAUGGUGAAAGUAGCAGUCAAGCAGUACCACAUUUUCUGAAAUAACGUUUUAAUCCUGUUUGUUU